CGCUGUCCAAUUCCCCCCCUCCUCUUCCGUCGCUCUCCCUUUCUUACACUACCAUGUCCACUGCAGUCUCUCGCUAGCCCAUCAUGAUGCUGCUCAUUCUGAAGUCGUUCAUCACUCUGCUCUCCCUCCUCGCGACCUGCGUGCUGCUCCCCCAGCUGCCCCUGGGUGUUCUCCGCCUGGUGCUCCGCGCAGUGGGAUGGGUCGUGCAGAGGAGAAGCCGUUCUCGGCGCGAUUAUAUCGUCUCGCGGGUCCGCGCUGACGAGGAGGAAUUCUCGAAACGGGCCAAACCAUCCUCCGCAACGACCUCCGGCGACGAUGAAGAAGACUGGGAGAAGGUCGAUACCUCCAGCUCCACUUCCGGAACAGCUGGCAUCAACGGAAAUGACGAGUGGGACGGCAUCAUCGGCUUCUUUCACCCGUUCUGCAAUGCCGGCGGCGGCGGAGAGCGUGUCCUCUGGGAAGCCGUGAGGGCAACCCAGAAGCGCUGGCCCAAGGCCAUCUGCGCCAUCUAUACCGGUGACCACGAGGUCAACAAAGCAGCCAUGCUGGAGAGAGUCCAGAACCGCUUCAACAUCCACCUCCAUGCCCCCACCGUCGUGCUCCUCUACCUCUCAACCCGCAAAUACGUCGUUAGCAGCAUGUACCCCUACAUGACUCUCCUGGGCCAGUCCCUGGGCUCCCUCAUCGUCGCCUACGACGCCUUCAGCCUCCUCGUCCCGGACAUCUUCGUCGACACCAUGGGCUACGCCUUCACCCUCGCCUUCAGCAAGCUCCUCUUCCCCUCCGUCCCGACGGCCGCCUACGUGCACUACCCGACCAUCUCCACCGACAUGCUCCAGUCCCUGGACGACCAAACGGGUCUCCAAGGCGUCAACGCCGGCGCCGGCAAGGGCCUGAAGGGCCAGGUCAAGCGGAAAUACUGGGUCGCGUUCGCCAAACUGUACGGCUGGGUCGGCGGUCACGUCGACGUCGUCAUGUGCAACUCGUCCUGGACCUCCGCGCACAUCCGCGCCAUCUGGGGUCCCGCCCGCCAGUCCAACACCUACAAGGACCCCACCGUCAUCUUCCCGCCCACCGCCGUCUCCGAACUCGAAUCCACCAUCACCGUCACCCCUGAGACCGAAUCCUCCCGCCAGCCCCUCAUCCUGUACAUCGCCCAGUUCCGCCCGGAAAAGAACCACCCGCUCGUCCUGCGCUCGUUCGCGCGCUUCCUCCAGGAGCGUCGCAAACGUCUCGGCGAGACCCCCAGCCCCGAUCAAGAGCCCAAGCUCGUCCUCAUCGGCUCUGUCCGCCACGCCAGCCCCGACGAAACCCACAUCUACAACCUCCGGCUUCUGGCCCACGAACUCCGUAUCCGCGACCACACCACCUUCCUCUGCGACGCCAGCUGGCCCGCCAUCCUCGACCACCUCGGCACCGCCUCCAUCGGCGUCAACGCCAUGUGGAACGAGCACUUCGGCAUCUGCGUCGUCGAGUACCAAGCCGCCGGCCUGAUCAGUGUCGUCCACGACUCCGGCGGUCCCCGCGAAGACAUCGUCAUCGACCUCGGCGACGGCGCCACGGGCUUCCGCGCCUCAACCGAGGAGGAAUUCGCUGCCUCCUUCGAGGCCGCCCUCGCCCUUCCCGAGGAAGAGAAGGUCGCGAUGCGUCUGCGCGCCCGUAAAUCCGCUUUGCGCUUCUCCGAGGAGGAGUUCUCCAUUAAAUGGAUCGCCGAUAUCGAGAAGUUAGUAAGCUUGCGCGCGUAG